GCGCUACAGAUGCGGCACGCGAGACCCGUUCUCCUUCGUUGAAGAGAACGGUACCGAGGAAGUCACGAUCCGCUGUCCUCGACGCGACUUCCGAGAUCCACCGGCAGCGGAAGAACGAAUCAUUUUCCGCCGUCUUUCAGCUUUUUCUAUCUUUUCCAUGGAGUUCAUUAACGGUGAUUCGGAAGCGGAUCGUGAUCGCGAUCGCGAUCGCUUUCCCGAGGCAGCUACCGUUGGCGUCCGCGGGGCACAUUCCCUCCACUUUCCCGAUCGCGAUCGCCGCCGCGGGCUGUCCUUUCCAUCCCCCGGAGCCGUCCGGCUCCGUGCUUACCGCUUCGAUGGCCGCGGCGGCUUCUUCUCUCGUGAUUGGGAUAUCGCCGAGGCCGAAUCCUCACACUGCGAAUUCAAUUGGUUCCACGUCGAUCUCCCUAAAGGGAACCACAAGCUCUCCGUUUCGGCUCAGCUCUUAAUCGAUGCCCUAUGCCCUCCUCUCAAGCUACAGGACAUUCUUUCAUUAGUGUCUAAUGGGCCAUUCUGUGCUCACGUCGACGGCGCCCUUAUUUUCCGCGUGAACUCACCUGGCCCUGCCACAUCUGAUUUCACCCUCCGGCUCGCCGCCCGUGUUACGGAGGCUACUGUCAUUACUGUUUCGCUUGGGCGAGUGCCGAGGUUGGGUUUUUCUCAGACCGGGCAGUCUCUGCUUUCCGAGAUCCCCGUUUUGGAGCAUAGGAGGGGUGCUGAGGAUGGGGAGGAGAGGGUCGAGGGUAGUGGAAUCGUUAUCGGUGAGCAUGUUCUCGAGUUUUUGCUCACGAUGAAUCAUUCUGCGGAGGCAGAUAAUCCUGUGCCGAGGACUGUGUCUGAUUUGGUGGUGCACGUUAUAGAUACGCAUGUCGAUCACGUGCAGGAUAUUGUGACCAGACUCGAGAUGCAGCUCGAUUCCGUCGAGCUGGAAUUGGAUAAAGGUGGUUCUGCACUGAAGAAACAAAUGCUAGAUGAUAGAAGAUUUCCGAAAAUGCAUUUGGAUUUGCAGCGCCUUCUGCAGGUGAUUGAUCAUUUUUACCAUUUGUAGAAUUUCUUAUAGAAAAAUUCAAACUCUUACCUUAAGAGAGUCAUUUUCAUCUUCUCAAAUAGGGUCUUCUAUGAAUUUUUUAGCCUCCUUGCCCUAUUUUACUGUUAUGCAUCCAUCUAAAAUACCAUAUAA